AUGUCGAAAGAGGAGUCUCUUGCUAAAUACGCAUCUCCGGACACGUUGCACGACGAAGAAUCGCGUUAUGGUAACCUAACCUUGCUUUUCAACGUAAGCGUUGAGCCGUCGUGCUAUGGUGUGGGAUCUUACCAUCGGGACUUCACCCAAAUCCAAGCGGUUGCCCUAACGUUUGUUGUUGCGUACACUUUGGUCAUUUUACUGGCAAUCUGUGGCAACGCUCUUGUCAUCUGGACGGUUUGGCGCAACAAACACAUGCACACAGUGACGAACUAUUACAUUGUCAAUCUAGCUGUGUGUGACUUUCUCGUUUCAUCUUUAGUCAUGCCGCUCAAGCUUUUGGAGUACGCAGGACCAUGCGAAUGGGAUAUUUUUCACAGUGAUAUUCUUUGCUCAUUCCAAUAUUAUCUGUUACCAAUAUUUGUAUUCGCCAGUGUUCUAACGUUGGUUGCCAUAUCGAUAGAAAGGUAUUAUGCUAUUGUUCACCCUCUAGAUGCGAUGAAAAUUCACAGUACAUCAAGAACGAGGAAGAUACUGGCUGCCACCUGGAUUAUUCCCAUCGUUCUUGCCUCCCCUUAUGUGUACUGCAGAAGUUUCCCUGUCAUCAUCGUGAGUGAAUACGGCAAGAUAUCCCGUCAGAUCUGUAAUGAUAAGUUUGACGAUAUCGACCUAGCCAUAUUCGGAGAGGAAAGUGGCAGGUUUCGGCGAGGAUUUUUUAUCUUUCUCUUUGUGUCCAUAUACCUCAUUCCAAUGACAGUGAUUGUGACAACGUGUGGCCGGAUCGUUGUCUCUCUGCUUACGCCCAUAGAAGCGAAAGGGUUAACACCAAACAGAACGGAGCAAGCCGUUCGACAUGAGGAAAACAAGAGAAAGGUUGCCCGAAUGGUGAUCGUAGUCGCUCUGGCAUUCAUUUUGGCUUGGUCUCCACAGUACAUUGUCAGCAUUAUUAGCCAACUUCAAACAGAAAGCUUCUUACGGCAGGGCAACUUCUUCUUCACAAUGCUGAUGACUCACCUGUUCGGUUUUACCAAUAGCUGCAUCAAUCCAUUCAUCUAUACAUUAAUGAGUGUCAAAUUCCGAAACUGUUUCAAAGCCGUGUUUUCGAAUAUCAGUGAGUGCUGUCGACCAGAUAACCCAGGAUUCCACGAUAUGCUGUUUUGUCGUCACUACUCGGACAGGUGUGAACCUAACACGGUCUUGAAUCGGAAGACGAAGCAUUCUUAUUAUGGAUCUUCUACCAACAUCACCUGUGCCGAAGGGGAUAUUGUGAUUAACAUGGUUGUGAUGAGAAACGGAGACGUGGGUCAAGGACAGAGUUACCAGGCCAUGGACAGUCCCCACGCCAUCCCUUCAUCCGACAGUCUGGUCAAAUGUGACCGGCAUGGUCAAUGCUUUGGCAACGAGCUUUCUAUGGACGAGGAUGAUUGUGCUAAAGCUGGUCUUCUCCAGAACAGUUAAUG